AUCACUUCUCCUAUCGCCAUAGACACAUCGUCCAGUUGAGACAAGUGGUGGACAGGGCGACAUUCCCAUUCCCUCGUGUCUCUCAUCUGAGUACAUUGACUCGCCUCUCAAGAGGUGAUCAUCAGCUCUUUAUACCUGGUCACAGGUACAACCCAUUCCGGGCAUCCCAAGCCCUUUCCAUAUCUAUCUAUUUUAUCCCCGAACGAUAAGCUCCUUUGGCGCGGGCAUCCUACGAGCCCACAAGGCCGCGCGAGCUCGGCCAUAUACAAUAAUAGCAAAGGAGAAGAGCACCUUCUUCUCAACGUAACACUAGCUCUACCUCUCCAGCGCCCCUCACCAUGUCCGGCAUCGACGGCUCUGCACCGAUCGAAAAGGCGGGCGAUCCCUCUCGCCAGCCGUCUACCGAGGGCGAUUCAAGCUCAUCAGGUGGAACGCUUGCCGAAGAGGUUCACGGCCAUGGCGAUGAUUCAGCUUCGAAGGGUCAGAUCGGUAUGAAACGAUCAGCUCAUUCCUCGCUCGAUCACGUCGCUGAACUCGGCGAGAACCGAGUGUCGGUCAGGCGUGGAAAGGAAGAGUUUGCAGCUCUCGAACGACGAUUCUCAAACCUUUCACAACGUUCUGGCGAACUUCAACGGUCGACUACUCGGGCGUCGAAUCGUUCGGCGGCCCUACGUGGUUUCUCCAAACCUACCAAGGUUCAAACCAAUGCGUCUGCUAUGAGCGAUGCCGAGGCGGCUCAACGAGCUGAGGACGACAAGGAGGAAUUCGACCUCGCCGGUGUGCUUCAUCAAGGUCGCAACGCCAGUGACCAAGCUGGUAUCAAACACAAACAGGUCGGUGUGGUCUGGCAAGAUCUUGAAGUCGUCGGUGCCGGUGGGCUCAAGAUCAAUAUCCGAACUUUUCCCAAUGCAGUCAUUGAGCAAUUCAUGAUGCCCGUGGUCAAGCUCUUGGGUGUCUUUGGACUCAAACUCUUCGCACCAUCUCCCAAAACUAUCCUGCACAAGAACUCUGGUGUCCUCAAACCGGGUGAGAUGUGUUUGGUCCUCGGUCGACCGGGCUCUGGUUGCUCCACCUUUCUGAAGAGUAUCACGAAUCAACGUGAAGAGUUCAUGGAGGUCAACGGAGAUGUCAAUUACGCCGGUGUUGGCUGGAAGGAGAUGCGCAAGUACUACGCGGGAGAGGUAGUGUACAAUCAAGAAGACGAUGACCAUCUUCCCACCUUGACGGUCGGCCAGACUAUCCGAUUCGCCCUUGAGACUAAGAUGCCCAAGAAGCGAAUUCCCGGAGUCACCGACAAGCAAUUCAAGGAUGAAGUCUUGGACUUGCUGCUCUCCAUGCUCAACAUCAAGCAUACCGUCAACACGGUCGUCGGAAAUGCCUUUGUUCGAGGUGUCUCGGGAGGAGAACGCAAGCGAGUUUCCAUCGCCGAAAUGUUUUGUUCCAAUGCCUGUGUCGCAUCAUGGGAUAACUCGACCCGAGGUCUGGACGCCUCGACAGCUUUGGACUAUGCCAAAUCUCUGCGUCUCUUGACGGACAUUAUGAACAUGACCACAUUUGUCUCACUCUACCAAGCUGGUGAAGGUAUCUACAAGCAAUUCGAUAAAGUCCUCGUCCUCAACGAAAGCCACGUUGUCUACUUUGGCCCUGCUGAUCAGGCCAGACAGUACAUGAUCGGUCUCGGAUACAAGGAUCUGCCUCGACAGACCACUGCAGACUACCUCUCAGGAUGCACCGAUCCCAAUGAGCGACAGUUCGCCGAAGGCAAAGAUGCCGAUUCUGUGCCCUCCACCGCAGAGCGAAUGGAAGAAGCAUAUCUUCGGUCGGACAUCUACCAAAAGAUGAUGCAGGACAAGGACGAAUACCUCAGGGCCAGUCAAGAAGCUGUCGGACCUAGACAAGAGUUUGAGCAGGCUGUCAGAGAGCAGAAACACCGAGGUGUCGGCAAGAAAUCGCCAUAUACUAUCUCCUUCAUGGCACAGGCAUUGGCCAUCGCUAAGCGACAGACCAUCCUCAAGUUCCAAGACAGGUUUGGCAUCUACACUGGUUACGCAACAUCCAUCAUCAUCGCUCUAAUCGUCGGUUCCGUGUAUUUCCAACUUCCUGAUGCCGCGUCUGGAGCCUUCACUCGAGGUGGUCUGCUCUUCUUGGGUCUUUUGUUCAACGCCUUGACGUCGUUCUCUGAAUUGCCCAGUCAAAUGAUGGGAAGGCCAAUUCUCUACCGUCAAGUUGGUUAUCGAUUCUAUCGACCUGCUGCAUUUGCCGUCGCUGCCGUCGCCGCUGACGUUCCUUACAACUUUACCAAUAUUUUUGUCUUCUCCAUCAUCCUGUACUUCAUGGGUGGACUGUACCCGUCUGCUGGAGCCUACUUUAUCUUCCUCUUGGCGGUGUUCACCACCUUUAUGGUCAUGGCUGGGUUCUUUAGAUCCCUGGGUGUCGCCACAAAGGACUACAAUGUGGCCGCUCGUCUCGCUUCGGUCCUCAUCUCCAUCAUGGUCACAUACACUGGUUACAUGAUCCCCGUAUUCACCAUGAAACGAUGGCUCUUCUGGCUCUACUAUCUCAAUCCAUUGUCUUACGGGUACGAGAUGAUCUUUGCGAACGAGUUCAGUCGGAUCAACCUCAAAUGCGAUUCGACCUAUGUCAUCCCUAGAAACAUCCCUGAACUUGGCAUUGAAGGAUACCCGGACAACGUUGGACCCAAUCAACUCUGUUCAUUGUUUGGCAGUGGUGUCGGACAGAACAGUGUCAGCGGUGAUGCUUAUAUGUACGCUGGAUAUCACUACAGGAAAGACCACAUUUGGCGAAACUAUGGAAUUCUUCUCGGAUUUUUCUGCUUCUUCAUGUUCCUCCAGAUGCUCUUCAUCGAAAUCAUGUCUCACGGUGCGAACCACCUGGCUAUCACCGUGUUCAAGAAGGAAGACAAGGAGACGAAGAAGCUCAACGAGAGACUCGCAGAACGACGAGACGCCUUCCGACGAGGAGAGUUGGACCAAGACUUGUCAGAACUCAAGAUGGAGCCUCAGCCUUUCACUUGGGAGGAUGUGAACUACCACGUUCCAGUUCCUGGCGGACAGAGGCAAUUGCUGAAAAACGUUUCUGGUUAUGUCAAACCUGGAAGUUUGACGGCUUUGAUGGGCGCCUCGGGUGCUGGAAAGACAACUUUGCUCGACGUGCUUGCGGAUCGAAAGAACAUCGGCGUUGUAUCUGGAGACAUUCUUAUGAACGGCAGACCUAUCGGCAGAGACUUCCAACGAGGUUGUGGAUAUGCUGAACAGCUCGACACACAUGAAUGGACCACGACUGUCCGAGAGGCAUUCCGUUUCUCGGCCGAUCUGCGUCAGCCCCAACACGUUCCCCGACAGGAGAAGUACGACUACGUCGAAGACAUUAUCGAAUUGCUCGAACUCCAAGAUUUGGCAGAUGCAAUGAUUGGGUUCGUCGGAUUCGGCCUGUCCGUUGAAGCUAGAAAACGAGUCACGAUCGGUGUCGAACUCGCUGCCAAGCCUGAACUCUUGCUCUUCCUUGACGAACCGACAUCUGGUCUUGACGGCCAAUCGGCUUACAACAUUGUUCGAUUCUUGCGAAAGCUCACUGCCGCUGGUCAAAAGAUCCUAUGUACCAUCCAUCAGCCCAACGCCUUGCUGUUCCAAUCGUUCGACAGGUUGUUAUUGCUUCAACGCGGCGGUGAGACGGUCUACUUUGGCGAUAUCGGUCCGGACUCCAAAGUCUUGAUCGAUUACCUCGAGCGGAAUGGUGCUCCGGUGCCUUCCGACGCUAACCCUGCUGAAUUUAUGCUUGAAGCUAUCGGAGCUGGUUCUCGAAAACGAAUGGGUGGUGGAGAUUGGCAUAAGAAAUGGGUCGAGUCUCCCGAGCACAAGGCUACUGUGGAGGAGAUUCACAAGCUCCGAGACGAGGCGUUGGCCAAGCCUGUGGAGAAGAAUGACAACCGGACAGAGUACGCGACGUCCUUCUGGUUCCAACUCAAGGUGGUCCUUGCGAGAACCAAUGUGGCUCUGUGGAGAAAUGCCGAUUACCAGUGGACUCGACUGUUCGCUCACAUUGCCAUUGCAUUGACGGUCACUCUAACUUUCCUGCAAUUGAACGACUCGCUCGCCGCCUUGCAGUACCGAGUCUUUGCCAUCUUCUUCGCGACCAUUCUGCCCGCUUUAGUUCUGGCUCAGAUCGAACCUCAAUACAUCAUGUCCAGGAUGACCUUUAACCGAGAAGCUUCCUCGAAAAUGUACUCCUCCACCAUCUUUGCGCUCACUCAGCUCUUGGCCGAGAUGCCAUACUCUCUGUUAUGCGCUACAGCCUUCUUCCUCCUGCUGUACUUUGGUGUCGGUUUCCCUUACGAAUCGUACCGAUCGGGAUAUUUCUUCAUCAUGAUUCUGUUUGUGGAAAUCUACGCCGUCACGUUGGGUCAAGCCGUCGCGGCUCUUUCGCCUUCCAUCAUCAUUGCCGCGCUGUUCAACCCAUUCUUGCUGGUCAUUCUCACCCUGUUCUGUGGUGUCACGGCGCCACCUGGAACGCUGCCUUACUUCUGGAGAGUCUGGAUGUACCAGCUAGAUCCAUUCACGCGUCUUAUCAGCGGUCUCGUCUCCACUGUGCUCUACAACCAGCCUGUCGUUUGUCGAGAGGGAGAAUUCAACAUCUUCCCUCCACCUGAUGGACAGAAUUGUGGCACUUACGCUGGAGCAUUCGCAGACGCUACUGGAGGAUACAUCAACAAUCCCAACUCGAAUACUGAUUGUGAAUACUGUCAGUACCGAGUCGGUCAGUCCUUCUACAAUAAUCUGGAGAUCAGCUAUGGUACACGAUGGAGAGACUUUGGUAUCUUUGUUGCCUAUUCUGCCUUUAACAUCCUAGUCCUUUUGUUGUCUGCUCGAUUCCUGAGAUGGCAAAAGAGAUAGACGCCCGUCAUCGACAUUCUUUGAUUCCACAUAGAUUCUGUUCUGCCAUGUUUAACCCUUAUUUAAUACUUUUCAAAUCUCAUGUAUGCAGAGUCUCAUGUCCUUAGUAG